AUGAAAGGAAACAAACCUUAUCUUGUUGUGAUCCUCAUACAAGCCAUAUACGCUGCCAUGUUUCUUCUCUCAAAAGCUGCAUUCGACCAUGGCAUGAACAAUUUCAUCUUCGUUUUCUACAGACAGGCCAUAGCCACCGUUUUCCUUAUCCCUUUCGCUUUCUUCUUCGAAUGGAAAACUGCACCGCAUUUGUCAUUCUUGACUUUUUGCAAGAUCUUCUUCAUUUCUUUCUUUGGGAUUACUUCGAGCUUGGACAUAUAUGGUAUUGCUCUUAUUUACACUUCUGCCACUUUGGCUGCUGCUACUACAAACUGUCUUCCCGUCAUUACCUUCUUCUUGGCUCUCCUACUCAGGAUCGAAGUUUUGAAAAUAAAGACAGCCCCUGGGAUGGCUAAGUUGGUCGGUGUAGUGGCAUGCUUGGCAGGAGCAGCAACUCUUGCUUUUUAUAAAGGUCCUCAUUUUGAACUUUUAAGCCAUCAUCACCUUUUGGGGUACCAUAAAACCCAACAACACCAAGGUGGUGUUCCAUCCGAGUCAUGGGUAAAGGGUUGCUUCCUCAUGCUCCUCUCCAACAUCUUUUGGGGGCUGUGGCUUGUGCUACAAGCUUUUGUCAUAAAAGACUACCCGUCAAAGCUUCUUCUCACAACUCUUCAGUGUUCCUUAAGCUCAAUUCAGUCUUUGGCCAUUGCCUUGGCCGUUGAAAGAGACUUUGAGCAAUGGAAGUUGGGUUGGAAUGUCAGACUCCUCGCCGUAGUAUAUUGUGGAAUUAUGGUGACUGGUGUGACCUAUUACUUACAAACAUGGGUUAUAGAGAAAAAAGGACCUGUGUUUCUAGCCAUGUCAACACCACUGGCUUUGAUCAUGACCAUCUUCUCCUCCGCAAUUCUCUUGGGCGAGAUAAUAAGUUUGGGAAGCCUUUUAGGUGGCAUCUUUUUGGUUCUGGGACUGUACUUCGUGCUGUGGGGAAAGAGCAGAGAGCAACUGCCAAAAGCCUCGUUAGACUUGGAGCUACCAUCGGGUUAGAGUGGACUCACAACUCUUAAGAUAUAUGUGUUAUAUUUUUUUCCCAAGAAUUAAAUUGGCAAAAAAUGUUUGGUGCUGAAGAAGGCAUACAUAGCUUGUUGUAAUAUAGUGCUAAAAUUAUGUGAAUAAUUAAUUAAUAAACACCAUUUCAGCCUACGGAGUUAUUCCAAAGUGUAAAUUUAAAUGCAAAAUCUCCGACCAACACAUCUUUGGGCCAAAGCAAAAUAAUCCUUGUAACUUAUAUAGACUUCAACCCAUUAUCAACAAUUCAUCACACUAAUAUAUUCCAACAUCACUUGUAAGUUGUAUUAUAUAAUUUUAUUUUUUGCUAUUUUGGAUUAAAUGUAUUCAUAUUAUAGAUAGGAGCUCGAUCGGGAGGCUUUCAAUUUUCUAUGUUUUGUAUUGGUUCGUUACUCAAA